AUGUUCAGCGAUAUUGAAUGUCGGAACAGGCAGUGGCGCUUGGGUUAUGUAAGGAUCUUUCUGUUAAUCAUUUAUGCUGCUGCUCUGCUAAAGACAUACCUAAGAGAUGUCAGUGGGGCGUACCGCAGUGCUGCCGUGACCGGAAUCGAUAUAUCUCCGAUUAUGCCGCAAGAAGUACUGCCGAACGUCCGUUUCGAGAUUGACGACUUCAACGAACCAUGGACAUUCAAGCCAAACUCUUUCGAUUACAUCCACAUAAGGUUCCUCACAGGGUCUAUCAAAGAUUGGGAAUCGAUCGUGGAGCAAGCUUAUCAUUGCCUGGAACCAGGCGGUAUUCUUGAGAGCUCAGAGCCAUCGUUCUUGGUUGAGAGAGACGACGGUACAGUAAAUGAAAAGAGCGCCUGGUCCGGCUGGUACAAUAUAUUUGAGCAAUACGGGUAA